UGCCUUUUCUUCCUCCUUCAAAUAACCAGAGGAGAGAGCCUCCCCCCUCGAUCUACAGAAGACAGAGCCAAACAAGCCCACACGCCUGCGCAACCAAGAACUGAAGAGCGCGCGCGCCAGGCUUUUCCUCGAUUUUCUCGUUGCUGUCCUCGGCCCUCUCGCCCCCGUCGCUCUAGAUCUCUCCGACGUGCUCCCCUCGACUUGGUGUCGCCGAGCUCCUCGGUUCUAGACUUCCAGGUCUCCAGCAAGGCCUCCACAUUGGGUUCUUGAGGUGCGCUUACUUGGGAUCCCGGUUCCUUCUUUCUGAAAGCGUUCUUCAUCUCAGGCCUGGGGGCGGUCUGUUCUUUCUGAAAAAACUGCAGCUGAAGCAGGGGGUUCAUUGCUAUUUUUUGGGGCUGCACUGUUUGAGCUGUGAUUUAUUGCGUCAAUUUGUUCAUCCAAGAAUUGCUCGUUCAAAAAGAAAAAUCAAAAAUCGCACAAUCCAAGCUGUGAAUUAGGUAUGCAGACGCAGUCGACUAAUGAAUUGUUUGCUUGUAUUUUGCUGGAAUCAGAAUGGCCGCGGCUACAUCUCACAAUGCCAUAGUGUCUACACAAUCCCACCGGUGGAACGGCAAGAACUCUAGAUUGGACAGGAGAGCAGCCAAUGUGCGUUUGGUUUCAGUUGGAAGUUGCUGCCCAAGCAGCGGAAAGUUGGGUCUGGUUUGUGCAUCGGGCUCAAAGUCUUCGGUCAUCGACCCGGUUCACCUACCCUCGAACGGCAAGGGUGGCCACAGCCCCAAGAAAUCAAGUGAAAGUUCCCUUAUAUUGAUCCGGCACGGCGAGUCGAUGUGGAACGAGAAAAAUCUGUUUACUGGCUGCGUCGAUGUGCCCCUGACACCGAAGGGCGUGGAGGAGGCCAUCGAGGCGGGUAAGAGGAUAUGCAACAUUCCAAUCGAUGUGAUAUUUACGUCGGCGAUGAUCCGUUCUCAGAUGACUGCAAUGCUUGCCAUGAUGCAGCAUCGACGCAAGAAAGUUCCAAUUAUCACACAUAAGGAGAGCGAACAAGCUCAAAGUUGGAGUAAGAUAUACAGUGAAGAUACAAAAGAACAGUCCAUUCCUGUCAUAACAGCUUGGCAACUGAACGAACGGAUGUAUGGUGAGUUGCAAGGUCUCAAUAAGCAAGAAACUGCAGAUCGGUUUGGCAAAGAACAAGUUCAUGAAUGGCGCCGUAGUUACGACACUCCUCCCCCAAAUGGAGAGAGCCUAGAGAUGUGUGCAGACAGAGCCGUUUCUUAUUUCAAAGAUCAGGUUGUUCCCCAUCUCACGGCUGGAAAGCAUGUGAUGGUUGCUGCACAUGCAAAUUCACUUCGAUCAAUUAUAAUGCAUCUGGACAAAUUGACAUCUUCCCAGGUAAUCAGCCUUGAGUUGUCGACAGGCAUUCCUAUGCUCUACAUAUUUAAGGAAGGGGAGUUUAUCAGACGGGGGAGCCCAGUAGGACCUUCUGAAGCAAGUGUUUAUGCUUAUACAAGGAACUUGGCUACGUACAGAGACACGCUUGAUAGUAUGGUUCAGUAAAAGGCCUUAUAGAUUUCCGAGGCACGAUAUUUGUCGAACAUGCCAUUAUUUAGCUGAGAACUGGUCAGGGGGGAUUUCAAGUCCCAAGCAUUUUUUACUAGGAGCUAGAAGGGGAAGCUCACAAUCUAGAAACUUUCUUCUGUAACACUGAAAUCUAUGUAACAGAUCUACAAUGGGGCAACAUAAGCCCCCAUGUUGUAUAUAUGUAAAUUGAAUUUACUGGAGA